AUGUCGCCCGCAUCACGCAAACGACUCUUGAGGUACUUCGCAGAGAAGACGCCAGGAUUCAACAGCGAUGCAGACUUCUUGGACAAUGCCGACUUUCACGGACAAGACCUACCACUAUUGCCAGGGCCGAUCAAAGCACAACCGCUAGCGGCAGUGUUGCAGGGUAUGAUAGGCCUCGCAGGCAAAGAAGUCAACGCACUCCGUGGCAUCGACACGGGAAGAGUAUCUGUCGACACAGACCUGGCAGCACUGCACCCCGCCACGGUCGGCCUGGUUGAGAUCGAUGGCAUGAAGUGCACCGAGGCCCAAAAGAGUGGUCUGCUCCAGAAGCUUGGCCUCGAUGUCGAUCAAGGCAUAAUCUCCAAAACACCGAUGCGAUUCCGAUCAUGGGCCAUCUUCCCUACCAGAGAGAAGAAUGUUUGUUUCCAGUUCUUGAGCAGUCUCGGUCCAGUUGGCUACCUCCAGGUCUUUAGCCUAGACGCAGACGAUGCAACAGUCGAGACCAACGAGGAAGCGUACGAGAAGAUCAAAUCGGUCACCACAACGCUUUCCGCUCGUGAACUUGAGCACAUCUGCAUCGAGCGUGGAGGGAGACGAUGA